AUGGGUGAAUUCCACACGCAAAUCAAAGUCCCAACAGACGUGGAAGAAUUAAAGGAGGCCAUUAAACGUCAAGUAGAAUUUUACUUUUCACGUGCUAAUCUUGCUAAUGACGCUUAUCUUGUGUCACAAAUGAACUCACAAAUGUACGUGCCUGUUGACGUUAUCAUCAAUUUUUCAAAGAUCAAGCAGCUCACGGACAAUACCGAAUUGCUGAUUGAGGCUGUGCAGAACUCGACGGUAUGUUCACUCAACUCAUUCAAGGACGCGAUCAAACCUAAUAUCAAGUCUGAACGCACGACCAUUAUUUUACGUGAGAUUCCGUCGUCUACGAAGCCAGAGGAAGUUAAGGCCAUUUUUGAAGACUGUGGCGAAGUUAGUAGUAUACGUAGCGACGUUGGAGAUACGUGGUUUGUGACCAUGCAUUCAGAGUCGGAAGCAGUAAACACGCUGCUUGCUUUGCGCAGUAAAACGUUCAAUGGCGCCGCAAUUAAGGCCCGUUUGAAAUCUGAAAACGUGCUUAAAUCCUUUUACCCCGCGCAACCAGCAGAGAACGUCAUUGCUUCUGGUGCAAGUGCGCCGUACGGCGGCCGUGGAUACUACGCUUCGCCUGAUGUAGGCUAUUACGACAACUAUGGCGUCCGAUAUAACACAGUAAACCCACGUUGGGAUCAAAACUAUAGAAACGACAACGUGGCGGAAACCUUCCGAUACGAAGGUAUUAACCAGCGUGGUGCUGGUGCUGUUGCUGCUGGCCGUGGACAAAGUCGACAGGGUCGGCCUAAUAACGCUGGCUUGCACCACCAGAAGGAAGGACGUGUCAAGAGCGGCAGCUUUGAGCAGCGGGCAGCAACGAGCUCUCGUAAGAACAAGGACAAACGCUCGAAGGUGGUGGCUCAGCACCUGACAAAUGGAAGCGGCAGUGGUAAGAAGCCUACCGUUGCCCCGGUAGAACGCCAACCCGUUAUGAAUGCGGCAAACUUUCCUCCACUACCUACAGCUGUGGAGAAGAGCGAAACGUCGAACGCGAUCACAUACAAGUACACUCAUGAGGACAUUAUGGAAAUUGUCAAGAACAUGGACGAAAAGGACUGCAUGCUACCCGAAGGAAAGAUGGACUGUGCAGCGCAUCCGGCUGCUCUGACUGUUGAGGCACACCCUGACUUGCUGCGCAACCAGCGCACCUACAGUAUUGAGCAGGCUCGAGAUGCUAUGCGUCAAGGACGGCCGAUCCGAAGUGUUUCGGUUGGAUCCAUCGACUACGAGAGCAUGAUGUACGGUGAGGACUACACGAAGGAGGCUCGUGAGCAGCGCAAGCAAGCUGAUAGUGCGCCUGCAUUAAGUGAUGCUGCUCCCACUUCAACGUCGGCCGUUGCUGUGUCUACGGCAAGUAAAUCGACUGCUGUACCUGCAAAGAUAGUCGGGUACGCCGCAGCUGUUAUUAACGGUACUCCAGCCUCGACUCCUGUCAGUCAACCCGCGUCCAAGACCGCCUCGAAAAAAACUGUUGCCAAGGAGGAGAAAAAGGCCGUUAAAAAGGCGGCUAAGACUGUUGAGAGCGCGCCGACAAAUGCUUCUGUCCCGAUGGUAGAUGAAUCUUUGCCAAAGACUGGUGCAUGGGGUGGCCGCAACUUUCUCGAUGUGGUAAAGGCUGACCCGCCAAUUGCGGCUGUGAAAGCGACGGCAGCUGUUGCUUUGAGUGACAGUGAAAGCAAGUCGACACAAUAA